AUGUCAUGCGGACAUGGUUUCAUAACUCGGAAGUUUGUGGAGAAGCACACCCUUUGCUUUGACUCCCUGGAUGCUUGUGUUGCACUGUAUGAGAGGGUUGAGCACUCUCAGGAGUACAAAUGUUGCAACAUCCGUAUAUGGGGAACUCCCUCUCCUGUCUUUGAUAUCCGCCCAUGCACAAGCCAUUCAAAAGAGCCUCUCACCCCAAAGGAGAAAUUUUCUGCCCUAUUUGACAAAUCAGUUCAAUCCAGCUGGUUAGCAUUGCUUGGAAAUAGGGCAAACACUGACCCUGCCCACUGGUCAGAAGAAGAUCGACUGGAAGCUGAUGAUGUCAGGGAUUGGUUAUCCAAGCAGCAACUCCCAGGUUUCAUUCAUGGAUUAUCAGCUCUGCAAUUUCUAAACAACACUGUCAUAUUUGGACUAGCAAAACAGCCCACAACAGAGGCAACAGCUGCAUUUAUCGACAAACAUCGUGGUAUGGGAAGUUUCCAAGGUCUUCUACUUCUUGGAUAUAACAUCGACGGACGAGGGAGCAAUUGGACGAAUGCAGCCUUCCUUCAUUUCUAUCGCCAUCUCGAUGCCUCGCUUGCUGGUGAAGACAAGAAUGUUCUACAGUUUUCACCGAUAUUCGCUGAGCAUCUGCUUUGCAAAGUGAAGCGAUACUGUACGACAUUCACCAAGACAGAUCGAACCUCAUUUCAAGCAUUGGCAAAAGAACGAACAUCCAACUUGAAAUGGGUAAAGGGACAGAACGUUAAAGAUUCUUCGGGUACUGUUUUGCCCAUUCCUGUGGUGCUUGAUAGAGAAAGCAUGGAUUCGAUCAUAUCUAGUUUCGAGGUAAGGAUCCAUUUAUUUCCAAGUCUUUUUCAGUCACUGAAAUGGGUCAUUCAGUCUUGA